AUGGCGCUGGCCGUUCUUGAAAAAAUUGUCAGAAAAUGUCACAAUCUUGAAAGAGCUCAACAGUAUGGAUUAUGCGGAGAACGCGAACUUCGUUCACUUGAAGACUGCUCAAGAAAUUUACAAAGAAUUUCGGAUUUACUCUCUCCCGAGACACAUAAUGAACUUAAAAACGGUUUAGAAGAGCUUAAAGCAAUACUGUCUACUCAUUCCCACGCUGAAAAUGGAGCAUUUUCUGCAACUCGGACCAGUUCAGGUGGUCGAGGUAGACCAUCCGUUCGUAUUACAAGAGAACAGAUCGACUUUCUUUUGACCCAAGGACACACGGUCAAGAAGAUGGCAAAAAUGUUAGGAUGCUCAACAUCAUUUCUUUACAAGAAAUCCAAAGCGCUUGGUGUACCAGUAAGGAGAAGGUUGGCUGAAGUGACUGAUGAAGACCUUGAAAUGCAUAUCAGACAACUUCAAGCCCUGUAUCCAAAUUCUGGGAACGAGAUGAUGAGAGGCAUGUUGCAUGCACGAGGACUACUGGUUCCACGGCGUAAGGUGCGUGAGAUGAUGGUUCGAAUAAACCCUAUGGCAACUGCAAGGAGGUGGAGCAGUGCAGUGUCUCGACGGGUCUAUCAUGUUCCAUACCCCAACAGUUUAUGGCAUAUUGAUGGUAACAUGCGUCUCAUACGAUGGGGCUUUGUGGUCCAUGGUGGCAUCGAUGGAUGUUCCCGCUUGAUUACUUACUUGAACUGUAGCACAGACAAUCGUGCCUCAACAGUGCUGUUUCAUUUUCUCAAAGCGACAGGCCUCUAUGGAUUACCAUCUAGAGUGAGAUCAGACCAUGGUGGCGAGAACCUGCAGGUGGCCCUGUUAAUGAACCUUGUACAGGGAAUUGAACGUCGGAGUCACAUUACAGGGGAGUCGAUCCACAAUCAGAGAAUAGAGCGUCUUUGGAGGGAUGUGUUUUUGCAUGUUCUGGAACCAUUUUAUUGCAUGUUCUACACUCUUGAAGAUUCAACCCUAUUGGAUCCCGGUGACCAAAUGCACAAACUUGCACUUCACAUAGUUUUUCUUCCUGAGAUUCAAAACAGACUAGAACAAUUCAGAAAGGCCUGGAACCACCAUGCUUUGCGUACAGAAAACAACAGAACACCAACACAAAUCUGGACAGAAGGGAUGUUGGCAAACAUCGGUGUCAACAGCACAGCAACAAACAAUGUGUUUGGUGAAAAUCCCUACACAGCAGAGAAUCUGGAAGCACUUCUGGAACAGCAUGGCCUUGAGCCACUACCAACAACUGAUGCUGAGCAGGUCCCUAGUGUAAUUGUAGAACCACCUCAAAUCAGUCUUAAUCAGCAGCAACUUGAGUCAAUUAAUCUUGCAGUCAAUCACAUUUCAGAUCUGAAAAUGAAGUACCAGGCUUGUUGUGCAGAAAUUGCAAAUGCUUUAUUGACUUAACUACAUUUUUUAAGAAUGU